CAGCCCGCCCUCCGGACGGACUCCGCUCGCACGCGCGCGCCUGCAGUCCGACCACCGAGCGGGCAGCCCGGGCGCAGGAGGGCGCGAGUUCGCGCCAAGGAGGAAGAGGAUGGCGGGACCUCAUCCCAACCGGUGGGCCAGGCUGCUGCUGGUCACCCUGCUAAGCGUCAGCCUCCCUGGGGAGAUGGCAAACCGCUGCAAGAAGGCCCAGGUGAGGAGCUGCACCGAGUGUGUCCGUGUGGACAAGGACUGCGCCUACUGCAUCGACGAGAUGUUCAAGGAACGGCGCUGUAACACCCAGGCGGAGCUGCUGGCUGCAGGCUGCCGGCGGGAGAGCGUGGUGUUCCUGCAGAGCAGCUUCGAGAUCACAGAGGAGACCCAGAUCGACACCACCCUGCACCGCAGCCAGGUGUCACCCCAGGGCCUGCGGGUCCGGCUGCGGCCGGGUGAAGAGCAGCACUUUCAGCUCGAGGUGUUCGAGCCCCUGGAGAGCCCCGUGGACCUGUAUAUCCUCAUGGACUUCUCCAACUCCAUGUCUGACGAUCUGGACAACCUCAAGGAGAUGGGGCAGAGACUGGCCCAGAUCCUGAGGCAGCUCACCAGUGACUACACGAUCGGAUUUGGCAAGUUCGUGGACAAAGUCAGCGUCCCUCAGACAGACAUGAGGCCCGAGAAGCUGAAGGAGCCCUGGCCCAACAGUGACCCUCCCUUCUCCUUCAAGAACGUCAUCAGCCUGACGCGGGAUGUGGAGGAGUUCCGGAGCAAGCUGAAGGGAGAGCGGAUCUCAGGGAACCUAGAUGCUCCGGAGGGCGGCUUCGAUGCCAUCCUGCAGACAGCCGUAUGCACGAGAGACAUCGGCUGGCGCCCGGACAGUACCCACCUGCUGGUGUUCUCCACGGAGUCAGCCUUCCACUACGAGGCUGACGGUGCCAACGUGCUGGCCGGCAUCAUGGGCCGCAAUGACGAACAGUGCCACCUGGACGCCACGGGCACCUACACCCAGUAUCGGGUGCAGGACUACCCGUCAGUGCCCACCCUGGUGCGGCUGCUCGGCAAGCACAACAUCAUCCCCAUCUUCGCGGUCACCAACUACUCCUACAGCUACUAUGAGAAGCUUCACACGUACUUCCCGGUCUCCUCGCUGGGGCUGCUGCAGGAGGACUCGUCCAACAUCGUGGAUCUGCUGGAGGAGGCCUUCAACCGCAUUCGCUCCAACCUGGACAUCCGGGCCCUGGACGUCCCCCGAGGCCUGCAGACAGAGAUCACCUCUAAGAUGUUCCAGAAGACGAAGACCGGGUCUUUCCACAUCCGGCGGGGGGAAGUGGGCACAUACAACGUGCAACUGCGAGCCACUGAGCACGUGGAUGGGACACAUGUGUGCCAGCUGCCGGGCGAGGACCAGAAGGGCAUCAUCCACCUGAAACCUUCCUUCUCCGACGGCCUCAGGGUCGACGUGGGCGUCAUCUGUGACGUGUGUGCCUGCGAGCUGCAAAAAGAGGUGCGGUCGGCUCUGUGCAACUUCAACGGGGACUUCAUGUGCGGACACUGCGUGUGCAGCGAGGGCUGGAGCGGCAAGACCUGCAACUGCUCCACCGGCUCCCUGAGCGACACGCAGCCCUGCCUGCGGGAGGGCGAGGACGUGCCGUGCUCAGGCCGCGGCGAGUGCCAGUGCGGGCGCUGCGUGUGCUACGGCGAGGGCCGCUACGAGGGCCAGUUCUGCGAGUACGACAACUUCCAGUGCCCCCGCACCUUCGGCUUCCUCUGUAACGACCGGGGGCGCUGCUCCAUGGGCGAGUGUGUGUGUGAGGCUGGUUGGACAGGCCCAAGCUGUGACUGUCCCCUCAGCAAUGCCACCUGCAUCGACAGCAAUGGGGGCAUCUGUAAUGGGCGUGGCCACUGCGAGUGUGGCCGCUGCCACUGCAACCAGCAGUCACUCUACACGGACACCACCUGCGAGAUCAACUAUUCAGCGAUCCGCCUGGGCCUCUGUGAGGACCUGCGCUCCUGCGUGCAAUGCCAGGCCUGGGGCACAGGGGAGAAGAAGGGGCACACCUGCCAGGAUUGCAGCUUCAAGGUCAAGAUGGUGGACGAGCUUAAGAAAGCGGAGGAGGUGGUCGAGUACUGCUCCUUCCGGGACGAGGACGAUGACUGCACCUACAGCUACACCGUGGAGGGCGAUGGCGCCCCCGGGCCCAACAGCACCGUCCUGGUGCACAGGAAGAAGGACUGCCCCCCCGGCUCCCUGUGGUGGCUCAUCCCCCUGCUCAUCCUGCUGCUUCCGCUCCUGGCGCUGCUGCUGCUGCUCUGCUGGAAGUACUGCGCCUGCUGCAAGGCCUGUCUGGCGCUUCUUCCUUGCUGCAACCGAGGUCACAUGGUGGGCUUUAAGGAGGACCACUACAUGCUGCGGGAGAACCUGAUGGCCUCGGACCACCUGGACACGCCCAUGCUGCGCAGCGGGAACCUCAAGGGGCGGGACGCCGUGCGCUGGAAGAUCACCAACAAUGUGCAGCGGCCAGGCUUUGCCACCCACGCCGCCAGCACCAACCCCACGGAGCUGGUGCCCUACGGGCUGUCCUUGCGCCUGGCCCGGCUUUGCACUGAGAACCUGAUGAAGCCAGACACUCGAGAAUGUAACCAGCUGCGCCAGGAGGUGGAGGAGAACCUGAACGAGGUGUACAGACAGAUUGGGGGUGUGCACGGGCUCCAGCACACCAAGUUCCGGCAGCAGCCCAACGCCGGGAAAAAGCAAGACCACACCAUUGUGGACACGGUGCUGAUGGCGCCCCGCUCGGCCAAGCAGGCCCUGCUGAAGCUGACGGAGAAGCAGGUGGAGCAGGGCUCCUUCCAGCAGCUCAAGGUGUCCCCCUGCUACUACACUCUCAUCGCCGACCAGGAUGCCCGGGGCAUGGUGGAGUUCCAGGAGGGCGUGGAGCUGGUGGAUGUGCGGGUGCCCCUGUUCAUCCGGCCUGAGGACGACGACGAGAAACAACUGCUGGUGGAGGCCAUCGACGUGCCCGUGGGCACCGCCACCCUGGGCCGCCGCCUGGUGAACAUCACUGUCAUCAAGGAGCAAGCCAGUGGGAUGGUGUCCUUUGAGCAGCCUGAGUACUUGGUCAGCCAUGGGGAACAAGUGGCCCGCAUUCCAGUCAUCCGGCGCAUCCUGGACAACGGCAAGUCGCAGGUCUCCUACCGCACGCAGGACGGCACCGCACGCGGCCACCGGGACUACGUCCCUAUGGAGGGCGAGCUGUUGUUCCAACCAGGGGAGACCUGGAAGGAGCUGCAGGUGAAGAUCCUGGAGCUACAGGAGGUGGACUCCCUCCUCCGGGGCCGCCAGGUCCGCCGCUUCCACGUCCAACUCAACAACCCCAAGUUUGGGGCCCGCCUGGGCCAACCCCACUCAGCCACCGUCAUCAUCGGGGAACAAGAUGAACUGGAUGGGAACUGCAUGAAUCACACCGUGUCAUCAUCCCCACCUCCCCGCGGUGACCUGGGCGCUCCACAGGACCCCAAUGCCAAGGCUGCCGGGUCCCGGAAGAUCCAUUUCAACUGGCUGCCGCCUCCGGGCAAGCCACUGGGGUACAGGGUGAAGUACUGGAUCCAGGGAGACUCGGAGUCGGAGGCCCACCUGCUGGACAGCAAGGUGCCCUCGGUGGAGCUCACCAACCUGUACCCCUACUGCGACUACGAGAUGAAGGUGUGCGCCUACGGGGCGCAGGGCGAGGGGCCCUACAGCUCCCUGGUGUCCUGCCGCCCCCACCAGGAAGUACCCAGCGAGCCGGGGCGUCUGGCCUUCAAUGUCGUCUCCUCCACGGUGACCCAGCUGAGCUGGGCCGAGCCGGCUGAGACCAACGGAGAGAUCACAGCCUACGAGGUCUGCUACGGCCUGGUCAACGAGGACAACCGACCCAUCGGGCCCAUGAAGAAGGUGCUGGUGGAUAGCCCCAAGAAUCGGAUGCUUCUCAUCGAGAACCUGCGGGAAUCCCAGCCCUACCGCUACACCGUGAAGGCGCGCAACGGGGCAGGCUGGGGGCCUGAGCGCGAGGCCAUCAUCAACCUGGCCACGCAGCCCAAGCGGCCCAUGUCCAUCCCCAUCAUCCCCGACAUCCCCAUCGUGGACGCCCAGAGCGGGGAGGACUACGAGAGCUUUCUCAUGUACAGCGAUGAGGUGCUUCGCUCCCCGGCCGGCAGCCAGAGGCCCAGCGUCUCUGAUGACACUGAGCACCCGAACGGCCGCAUGGACUUCGCUUUCCCAGGCAGCGCCAACUCCCUGCACAGAAUGACCACAGCCAACGCCGCCUACGGCACCCACCUGAGCCCGCACCUGCCGCACCGCAUGCUGAGCUCGUCCUCCACCCUCACACGGGACUACCACUCGCUGACCCGGACGGAGCACUCCCACUCGGCCACGCUGCCCAGGGACUACUCCACCCUCACAUCCCUCUCCUCCCACGGCCUCCCUCCCAUCUGGGAAGACGGGAGGAGCAGGCUUCCGCUGUCCUGGGCCUUAGGGCUCCGGAGUCGAGCUCAGAUGAAGGGGCUCCCCCACUCCAGGAGCUCACGAGAUUCUAUAAUCCUGGCUGGGCGGCCAGCGGCGCCCUCCUGGAGCCCAGACUCUCGCCUGACCACUGGGGUGCCUGACACCCCGACCCGCCUGGUCUUUUCUGCCCUGGGGCCUACGUCCCUGAAGGUGAGCUGGCAGGAGCCCCAUUGCGAUCGGCCGCUCCUGGGCUACAGCAUGGAGUACCAGCUGCUCAACGGCGGUGACCUGCAUCGGCUUAACAUCCCCAACCCGGGCCAGACGUCGGUGGUGGUGGACGACCUCCUGCCCAAUCACUCCUACGUGUUCCGCGUGCGGGCCCAGAGCCAGGAGGGCUGGGGCCGAGAGCGUGAGGGUGUCAUCACCAUUGAGUCACAGGUGCACCCACAGAGCCCGCUGAGCCCCCUGCCCGGUUCCACCUUCACCUUGAGCACCCCCAGCGCCCCGGGCCCACUGGUGUUCACAGCCCUGAGCCCAGACUCCCUGCAGUUGAGCUGGGAGCGGCCGCGGAGGCCCAACGGGGACAUCCUUGGCUACCUGGUGACCUGUGAGAUGGCCCGAGGAGGAGGGCCAGCCACCACCUUCCAGGUGAACGGGGACAACCCUGAGAGCCGGCUGACGGUGCCAGGCCUCAGUGAGAACGUGCCGUACAAGUUCAAGGUGCAGGCCAGGACCACGGAGGGCUUCGGGCCAGAGCGCGAGGGCAUCAUUACCAUUGAGUCCCAGGAUGGAGGCCCCUUCCCGCAGCUGGGCAGCCACUCCGGGCUCUUCCAGCACCCACUGCAAGGCGAGUACAGCAGCGUCACCACCACUCACACCAGUACGGAGCCCUUCCUCCUGGACGGAUUGACCCUGGGGUCCCAGCGCCUGGAGGCUGGUGGUUCCCUCACCCGGCAUGUGACCCAGGAGUUUGUGAGCCGGACACUGACCACCAGUGGGACCCUCAACACCCAGGUGGACCAACAGUUCUUCCAAACUUGACCCCCUAAAAGGCAGUGUCCCAAAACUAGGGCCCCUUCCCCAACUCUUCUCUCCAGCACCUCCUCAGCUACUCUACCCUUGGAGCCUUGGGGGCCUAGUCCCUCUACCACCAACGGGGAUAGGCGUCCCCCGGGAGCAUGAAGGGGGCAGAGGUCCCAAAAGGCCCUUCUGGCUGCUCCCUGCCCGGGCCCAAACCUACUUGUAACCAAAGAGCCGGGGCCAGCGCGCCAUGGGCCCGUGCUUUGUUCUGCACU